GUGCUUAAAGAACAGUACCUUGGCUACAGGAAAAUGUUCUUGGGAGAUGCAGUAGAUGUGUUUGAAGCCAAGCGAGCAGAAGCCAAGAAGUGGCAGAAUGCACCCAGAGUUACUACUGGACCCACCCCUUUCGGCACCAUGCCAAAUGCAGCAGCCGUUAUCAUGGCUGCAACACUUACACAGCAGCAACAGCCUGCUACAGGAUUUGGAACUAGCUCUGGUUUUGGAUGCAGCACCACAGGGGCCUCAACAUUUGGAUUUGGAACAACAAAUAAGCCCUCAGGAAGUCUUAGUGCAGGCUUUGGCAGCUCAAGUACAUCUGGGUUUACCUUCAGCAAUCCUGGCAUCACGGCAUCAGCUGGUUUGACAUUUGGGGCGUCCAAUCCUGCCUCUGCAGGUUUUGGAACAGGAGGACAACUCCUUCAGUUGAAGAAACCUCCAGCUGGAAACAAAAGAGGAAAAAGAUAAACAUAUGGGUUGAAAUGUUGAGAGAAUCCAUAGCAGUGCUGUUAAUUUGAUGAGUCUAUUUUUCUAGUGAUGCGGUAAUUAAACUGCAUCCCAAGAGAUUUAUAAAGUUUUGAUAUUUUCCCUA